AUGGGCGAGAAAAGCGAAUCAAGACACGAUAGCUUCAUAUAUCGAUACACCAGCAAUCAAAGGGCUAAGGAGACAAAGUCAAGAAAAUUUAGAAAAUUUCAUCAGCAAAAUAAGCCCAAGACAGUCAGUGAUUUGGAGAAGUCUUUGACUACGCAUUCCACUUCGACAGUUGAUCCCCAGAAGUACUCUAGAUAUUUAGAAGCAAGACGGAAUGCAAGUGAUCUCCUUUCAAACUAUUAUCGAAGUGAUUAUCCUGGAUCACUUCCUUUCAGAAAAAUAAAGCUUUCUUCUUAUAUUAAUAGGAAACAAUUAGACGCCCGUCUGCCAAAGACGUUAAAGCAAAAAUUCGGUGAAGACUGUGUACUUGUUCUUGGCAACUGGUCCGCUAGUAAUACAAAAUAUCACGAACCUAUCAGAGGUGUUGGUAUAAGGAGGAUGUUGAAGAAAGAAGGGUUACAAGUAUACUUGUUGGACGAAUACAAGACGUCGUCGUUCUGCCCCAAAUGUAAAAAUAGGAAGUUAAAAAAACUUCCUUAUAUCAAGAACCCUCGACCGCAUAUGUGA